AGAAAAACAAAACAAUAAAAACCAAUAGUUGUUACACGAUUUAAACAACCAACAUGUCAUCGAGUGAAAUUAAAGUACCAGCAGACGACGUAUUAUUUGAAGAUGUGUGCACAAUGCUAGACAGCAUAGCUAAAGCUAAGAAGAAAUACGAGAAAAAUACAAUUUUGACAAAUUAUGUUGACGACUUUAGGUUAAAAGUGGCUCAAAUCAAUGGACCAAAGGAUCCGAGUUUUUACCCUAUAUUAAGGUUACUGCUGCCCGGACUAGAAAGAGAGCGAAGUUAUAAUUUAAGAGAGAAGAGACUUGGCAGCAAAUUAGUACAGGCUCUAGCCUGGGAUGAAAAGUCGUCAGCAUCUCAAAAGAUAUUGAAUUAUAGAGCGAAUAAUAGAAAUCAAAAGGAUUUUGCUACAGUUGUAUGUGAAGAAUUAAGAUAUACGGUGGCGGAGAAAUCAACAUUAACAAUAGGAAAUAUUAACGAAAUUCUUGAUAACAUCGCGAAUGUGGAAAAUGGGAAACCUCCUACACUCGAACACGUAUUAACUUCAGUGUUAAAGAAAAUAAAUGUAAAACAAUUGAAAUGGUUGCUGCGGAUAAUCUUGAAGGACAUGAAACUAAACAUGGGCCAGUCGCGUAUAUUUGAAGCUUACGAUUCGGAAGCCGAGUAUAUCUACGAUAAUUGCAAUGAUUUGAAAAAGGUUUGUGAAAGUAUCGAGAAGAGUAACACUCGGCCGUCACAGAUGGGUGUGGAAAUGUUUCACUCAAUUAGUCCUAUGCUUUUGAGCCCUCUACCUAUAACCAAAAUUCAUGCUCUGUCUUCGACAAAAACUUAUAUAACAGAAGAGAAAUACGACGGUGAAAGAUUUCAGAUUCACAUGGAAAAUCAUGUUUACAAGUAUUUUACAAGGAGGGGUUAUGAGAGACAUAAUUUUGGGACAAACUACGAUUCAGGAAUGUUGACGCCAUUACUUAAAAAUUGUUUCGCGCCAAAUGUGAAAAGUUUCGUCUUAGACGGCGAGAUGAUGGGAUGGAAUGAAGAUGAAGAGGAGUUUGGGUCAAAAGGCAUGAAUUUUGACGUGAAAGCUUUGAAGGAUAAUUCGGAAUUCAAACCAAGCUUUUGCGCCUUCGAUAUACUUUAUUACAAUGGAGUCUCGCUAGUUGGUCCGCAGGAAAAGGGCGGUUUACCUUUAAUUAAACGUCUCGAAAUUCUCGAUGAACUGUUUGUGGACAUUCCACAAGUUUUAUUCCAUAGUAAAAGAGAGACUGUCAGAGACCAUUCAGAUAUAGUUGCCGCUUUUAAUAAAUCAGUGGACGAGGAAAAAGAAGGUAUAACAAUCAAAGAUACGGAGUCUUAUUACCUCGCAAACCGACGUAACGGCGGCUGGUACAAGACUAAAGGCGAAUAUACAAAAAGCACAAUUCAAGAUCUCGAUUUGGUGAUAAUUGGCAAACGUUCAGGACGAUAUUAUGUUGCUUGCCUCGAUAAUUCAGGCGUUAGUGAGCGGUGGUUGUGCAUGGCGGGCGUGGGUCACCUGGGCGCGGCUGUGCGCGGGGCGCUCAACUCCCGCCUGCAGCCGCACUGGCGUCGCCGCGCCGAUCACCCGACGCCCGAACACCUGCAAUUCAACAAACAGCACAUCGAAUACUGGAUACCACCGGAAAAAUCUGUCGUCUUACAGGUGCGCGCUUCGGAGUUAGUGAAAAGUGAUAACUACGGCACACCCUAUACGCUGCGCUUCCAACGCGUCGUCAAAGUCCGCUAUGAUAAACCUGUGCAGGACAUUCUGACGUUGAGAGAGUUCGACGAAAUAGUCGCGUCGGAUUCGAAAGUUGUGAAACUGAAUAAAACUAUAAGCGAAGACAGUAUCGAUAGUGUGGCCAACAUUCCUCACAAGAGGCGUGUGAAGAAGCCUCUCCAAGUCGCGGAGCAGUUCAGGCAGCAGAACACCGGCGAGGUGGUCGUCAAAUCCAAAGCACUCCUCGGCAGAAAGAUUUGCAUACUCUCUGAUGACGUUGAUUGCAAUAAACUCGAACUUAUCAAAAUAUUGGAGUCGCACGGCGGGAAGCAUACCGAGCAUUACGGUGCGGAUACGUGGUGUUGUGUUGCGGGUAGACUAACAUAUUACGUCAAAAAUCUUAUACAAUUAAAAGCUAACGGUGGAUCGACACUAGAUAUAGUCAGUUCUGCUUGGCUGAGGAAUCUGCCUGACUCAGAUGAACUUUGUUCUUUAUCACCCUUUGAUAUGUUGGCUGUAAAGAAGGAAACGAGACUCAAAAUGAGUAUAGAUUUCGAUAGAUUCGGAGAUAGUUACACACAGUUAUUAAAUGUUGAGAUAUUGAGAAAAUGCUUCGAGAAAAUGGAAAGUGACAAACCACAUAUAUAUCUAACGACGCAAGAAAAAUUGAAUGUUGAUAAAGCUUUAUUUACUGGUAGCAAUCCAUAUUCAUACUUGCGUUGCUGUUUUCUAGCUGUACCCAAAAGCGAUAGUAUUUACGGUAUACGAGCUAAAAUGUAUGGCGCUAAUUUAUGUGACAUGAACAGUGAAAACAUUACACAUGUCGUUUUAUCCAAAAUGGCGUCAAAGGAAGACAAAAUGGCGGCAAAAACGUGCGAAGCUUUUGUAGUAAGCGAAGAUUGGUUAGAUACGUGCUUUAGAGAAGGAAGACAUGUGUCGGAAAAUUCGUUUUUAAUACUUUAG